UAAUCUGAUAACAGAAACAAAAAAACAAGGAAAGAAAGAAAGAGAGAGCGAUCAAAAAUGGAGGAAGGAAGAGAUAUAGAUCCAAGAAGUGGGUUCUGCAGCUCAAACUCAGUGUUCUACAGCAAAAGGAAGCCACUUCCACUUCCACAGAACCCAUCCUUGGACGUCACCACCUUCAUCUCAUCACACGCCCACCAUGGCAGGAUCGCCUUCAUCGACGCCGCCACCGGCAACCACUUCACCUUCCACCAACUCUGGCGAGCUGUGGACGCCGUCGCCUCCUCCCUCUACGACAUCGGCAUCCGCAAGGGCAACGUCGUCCUCCUCCUCUCCCCAAACAGCAUCUACUUCCCCGUCGUCUGCCUGGCCGUCAUGUCCCUCGGCGCCAUCAUCACCACCACCAACCCUCUCAACACCGCCGCCGAAAUCCGCAAGCAAAUCAACGACUCCAAGCCUCGCAUCGCCUUCACCAUCCCUCCUCUAGCCUCGAAAAUCGCCGCCGCCUCCCCCUCGCUCCCGAUCAUCCUCAUGGAGGCCGACACCAGCAGCAGCUUCCCUUCGGCCGUCACCACCCUCAGCCGCAUGAUGGAGAAAGAAAGCAGCUCAAGCCGAGUCAAAGAGCGAGUCAACCAGGACGACACGGCCACCCUGCUCUACUCUUCCGGCACCACCGGGCCCAGCAAGGGCGUCGUGUCUUCUCACCUCAACCUCAUGGCUAUGGUGCAGAUCGUUCUCGGCAGAUUCAACAUCGAGGAGGGCCAGACCUUCAUCUGCACUGUCCCAAUGUUCCAUAUAUACGGGCUGGUGGCGUUUGCGACGGGACUUCUGGCGGCGGGGGCGACAAUCGUGGUGCUGUCAAAGUUCGAGAUGCACGACAUGUUGUCGGCGAUAGAGAGGUACAAGGCGACGUACCUGCCGCUGGUGCCGCCGAUUCUGGUAGCGAUGCUCAACAACGCCGACGCGAUUAAGGGAAAGUACGAUUUGAGGUCUUUGCAUUCGGUGCUUUCGGGUGGAGCGCCGCUGAGUAAAGAGGUGAUAGAAGGCUUCGUGGAGAAGUAUCCGAACGUGACCAUUCUUCAGGGUUAUGGCUUGACGGAGUCCACCGGAGUUGGUGCUUCCACCGACUCCUUGGAAGAGAGCCGCAGGUACGGUACGGCGGGGCUCCUCUCUCCGGGAACCCAGGCUAGGCUCAGGGGUCCCACCAUCAUGAAAGGUUAUUUCAGUAACGAGGAAGCAACAGCGUCUACGCUUGAUUCAGAAGGAUGGUUAAGAACAGGGGAUGUUUGCUUCAUCGACAAUGAUGGCUUCAUAUUUAUUGUGGAUAGGUUGAAAGAGCUCAUCAAGUACAAGGGAUAUCAGGUGCCUCCAGCAGAACUAGAGGCCUUGUUGCUCACACAUCCAGACAUUGCUGAUGCUGCUGUCAUUCCGUUUCCGGAUAAGGAGGCUGGGCAGUUUCCAAUGGCAUAUGUUGUAAGAAAGGCUGGAAGCAGCAUUUCGGAGAAGGAAGUCAUGGAUUUUGUGGCAAAACAGGUGGCUCCAUACAAGAGAAUUAGAAAGGUCGCUUUUAUAUCUUCCGUACCCAAAAAUCCAUCUGGCAAGAUUCUAAGGAGGGAUCUCAUCAACCUCGCAACCUCUAAACUCUGAAAACACUUUAACAUUAUUUUUUAUUCGAGAUAUGUAUGGCUCUCCUGCAAUUUUAGUUAAUAUGCCUUGUUUAUAUACUUUUUUCAGGAGAUUAAUAAAAAGUAAUAAUGUACGUAUGUUCCUAA